AUGUAUGCAUAUGAUCUUUAUCCACCUGAUACAAAUCCAUUUGGUUAUAUUUGGUAUGUUCCAAUAACAUGUCGAUUUAGUAAUGAUUCAACAAACUUUCAAUCAACUCGAACAUUUUUACUUGAUAAUAAAAUAAUGAAUAUAGACUUUGGUUUUAUUUAUUAUACAUAUUUUUAUUGUAAUACUGAUUUUGCUGGAUAUUAUAUUAUGGAAUAUACAUCUGAGAAUUCAGUAGAAUUAGGUCAAGCUUUAGAUAAUAACAAUGUUGAAUUAACUGAACUUGAUCGAGCUAAUUUAUUAAAUAAUGCAUUUUUAAAUGCUGAAACAAGUGAAACAAGUUAUGCAGUUGUGAGAUCAUUUACACAAUUUUUGUAUCGUCCUGUCUAUACAGGUUUACUUCCAUGGCAAAUGUUAUCAUAUCAUGUAAAUCGUAUGUUAGAUGUACUUGAAUAUGAAUCAUUAUUUCUUGUAGUUCAAAGAUAUUUUCAACUUGUUGUUCGAAAUUAUUAUAGAACAUAUGAAGAAAAUUUAUGGAAAGCCGAUGGAACAUUUUCUGAACAAAUUCUUAAAAAUACAAUUAUUCAACUUGCAUGUCGACUACGAUUAAUUGAAUGUAUUAAUAAAGCAACUUCAUUAUGGAAUGAAGCAUAUCCUGCUUUAGCUAGUGGAACCGCUAUGCAUUCAGUUGCUGCUCAUGCUCGAGAAGUAGUCUAUCAAACUCAUUUUCAAAAUACAUAUAAUGAUAGUGAAUGGAUAGUAAUUGAAAGUGAUUUUCAUUAUUUUGUUGAUGUACAAGAACGUUAUCGUUUACUCGAAGCAUUAACACAAUCACGUCAACCAUGGCAUUUAUAUCAAUUUUUAUAUCGAGAUGCAGAAGCAAAUCAAAAUCUUGAUGUUGAUUUAUUAUCUGUGUUAACAUUACUUGCAAAAAAUCCUGCAGGUCGUGAAUUAGUCUGGUAUUAUUAUCGAGCAAAUUGGUUUCAACUUCAAUCUACUUACGGACGAACAAAUCAGCGAUUAGGACAAUUGCUGAUUGAUAUAACAGCAACAUUUGAAGAUGAAUUUCAUGAGAUUGCAUUAACUGAAUUUCUUGCAUCAACACCAGGUGUUGAUUCAAAUGUUGAUGCACGUUUUUGGGCACUUGAACGUACAAAUAUGAAUUAUUGGUGGAUAGUUGAUAAUUCAGCAGACAUGGCUCAGUCAUUCAAUAUUGAUGAGAAACAUAUUUGA